CUGGAGAGAACAGAAGGGCGUGUGUUAUUAAUAAUCAUCCGAGCAGAAAGUCCCUCAGUCGCUGUGACAGCGAGCAGAAGAGCUGGGGUUCAUUCAUCGCGCGUCACGGCGCGGCGCGUGGGUUCAGAUCGCGCUCGACGCGCUGUUUUAUACUGGUUUACUGUGUGACUAACCGGAGCUUUGACGCAGUGGAUUGUGUGGUGGGAACCUUCACUAUCGAUCGCUAUAUAUCGAUCAACACUCGAGUUUAAUGCUGAUGGACGUCCAUCCGAAUUUUGAACAGCACUUUUAUUUUCCCAAGUGGAAGGAGCAGAUGGCUGAGAACAGUAAUUUCUAGCCGUAUUAUGUCUUGUGAGGAAUCUAUCUUGCUGUUUCAAUGACGGGUAAGAUGGAAACGCCCUUCUAUCACGAUGAUAGCGUUCCCAACUUUGGGCAAAUUCCAGAUUACGAUCGAUACCAAGGCCACAAGAUUAUGAGCAAGAAGAGCAACAUGCCACAUAAUUUCUCCAACGGGGGCAACGCCUCCAGCCUGAAGCUUCUGCAGGGACAAACUGGGAACGGGAAUCCCAACAUGAGCGGGAACAAUCCCAACAUGUCCUCGCCAGACCUCAACCUACUCAAGCUGUCGUCUCCGGAUCUGGAGCACCUGAUCAUCCAGUCCAACCAGGGGCUGGUUACGACAAGCCCGGGUCCCAGUGCAUCCGCUAAUCCCUUCAUGUACCGGAACCAGGCCACUAACGAGCAAGAGGGGUUUGCGGACGGGUUCGUGAAAGCUCUGGCGGAUCUCCACAAGCAGAACCAGCUGGUCGGCGCUCCUAUGUCUCCUCCCGCCUCCAUCCCGGGAUCCUACCAGAGGAACCUCCCCGACAUUCCCAUCUACACCAACCUGAGCAAUUACAACCCCAACCAGCUCCCGUCGGCAUACCCGGGUCCGAUGGCCUACCCGUCCCACGCCUCGGGACACCCUCCGGGAAGGGUUCUGGACGCUCCUCAGACGGUCCCCGAGGUCCCUCACUCGCCCCCCUCGCUCUCUCCAAUCGACCUGGACACGCAGGAGCGCAUCAAGGCGGAGCGCAAGAAGCUCCGCAACCGCAUCGCUGCCUCCAAGUGCCGCAAACGCAAGCUGGAGCGGAUCUCGCGUCUGGAGGAGAAGGUGAAGGUUCUGAAGACCCAGAACUCGGACCUGGCCUCCACCGCCAGCAUCCUGAGGGAGCAGGUGUCCCAGCUCAAGCAGAAGGUCAUGAGCCACGUGAGCAACGGGUGCCAGAUCUCCGUCGGCUCCGGCUUGGCCAAGAGUGCGGAGAACACCAGCUGCUGAAACACGCUCUCUCUCUCUUUAUCUCCACACUCAUUCUCGAUCUCGCCCGCCCCAUCCGGGAAGAUCCCCUCGAGAAGAUCCGAAGUCCGGAUCUCCGACUCUUCAGGAAUUUCCUUCUUGAAAAGUACGGAGUACAUUUUAUUUGUUAGCAUUGAAGUUGUUCAAUGCAGUGGAUGCCUGAGGAAAAACUCCAAAGGGAUGCAAACGCGCCGCGGUCGGGACAAUCGGAAAGGGAACAAGAACUUGUGCUUGGAAUUCUGCACUUGAAUACUCUUCUUCUUUUUUUUUUACUUGUAAAUGCGACGCUUUAAAAGAAUGGAAGCAAGGAUUUUUCUUUACAAUCGGCGUCUCGUUCGACCGCUGGACAAACUUUAUAUGUUUUAGGAGUUUGUGUUUAUAUAACAAUGCACUAUUAUGCAAACACUUCCCGAAGCACCUGAUCCGUGCAUCCGUGGAGCGAAUCCCUUUAUACUCCCCUAUCUGAUGUGUUUCAAGUGGAAAUCUCGUCACCGUGUCUCAAUACCCACAUUACAGGAUAUUGUUUGUUUGUUGGUUGAUUUGAUAUUGUGCAAUUUGUGAAUAUAUGAGAAAAAAUAUUUUAUACAAGACUUUUUAAGAAGUAUUACAUUACUGCGUAAUAUCAAAACAUUAUAAGCAAAGUGGAGACACCUAUAGAGAAGGGAUUGUGGUACUGCGCAAAACUUUAACUGGUACCUUUUGCCGUUUUGGAGUUGGGAAAUUCCUGAGCUUUCCGAGACCUUUUGCACUGUAAUCUCCCGCGGGAGUGCGUUAGUAAUGGCGGAGCAUGUAAUCUCCCGCGUUAGUAUUGGCGGAUGUGUAAUCUCCCGCGGUUGCGUUAGUAAUGGCGGAUGUGUAAUCUCCCGCGGUUGCGUUAGUAAUGGCGGAGCAUGUAAUCUCCCGCGUUAGUAUUGGCGGAUGUGUAAUCUCCCGCGGUUGCGUUAGUAAUGGCGGAUGUGUAAUCUCCCGCGGGAUUGCGUUAGUAUUGGCGGAUGUGUAAUCUCCCGCGUUAGUAUUGGCGGAUGUGUAAUCUCCCGCGGUUGCGUUAGUAUUGGCGGAUGUGUAAUCUCCCGCGGUUGCGUUAGUAAUGGCGGAUGUGUAAUCUCCCGCGGUUGCGUUAGUAAUGGCGGAUGUGUGUUUCUGCCGCUGAGGAGUAUUAAUGCCGUGUAACCUGGAGGAGUGUUGCGGAAAGAUACGCAUGUUGCUUAAAACUGACCUGAAUUCAGAACGACAACAAAAGGGCUUUUGAUCAAUAGUAUUUUUCUUUUUUUUUUUGUAUUUUAUUUUUUGUAUGAAUUAUGAAAUGAUUUUAUUUAUACAGAAUUUGUAUUUAUGUUGUUUUCCGAGGAGAGGAGGAUUACUUGUCGGAAUACUAGUGUCUCAGUGACACGUUAUUUUUUUGGAGAACAAUCGCACAUGAAUCAGAAACAUUAAAUGAUGUGUAAUAUUUAUCCUCUGUUUAUAGCAUGAUGGUUUGAACUAUGCUUUUAGUAGAUAACGAUAAUAAAGGAGGGGGAUUCUGGAGAUGGUCGUGACGGCACAGAAGCGGACGGGUCUCCGUCGGGAUCGGGAUCAUCUCCUCAGAGCUGCUGUUCAACGCCUCGCAGUUCCUGGAGAUGCAGAUUAUUUUAUUUAUAUAUCCAUAUCCGUUUGGAGAUGAUUCAUAGGGAUACCUAGACUGUCAAAUAACCUUGUGCAACAAGAAGAUAUUUAUUUUUUGAAACUUGAAUAAGGUUUUUGGUGUCUCAAACAAACGUAUUGUAUUUUUGUACAAAAUAGUUUAGAGAUAGUGUGUGUGUACAGUACCUACUGAAUAAGGUUUCAUUCCCAGUGCUCUAUUUAUUGAAGUGCUUUUACUGAGCAGUGUGUUACUCGUGUUGCUGGUGUGUGUUUCGGACGCUUCUACUGUUGGUACAUUUGUCCACCUAGUGCUCGAGUUUUUUCCACUGGCAUCAAGUGAAAGUCCUUGAUUUGUUUUGUAAUGUGUGUGUGUGUGUGUGUGUGUACCUCUAUUUUAACGCUAACCGUAAGCAUAACGCUCCUGUUUUUGUUGUUUCAUGGUACUGUGUUUCGACUCUGAAGACUGAUUGCAACUUUGACUUUUGCCUAAACUCGUGUCAUAUACAUAUACUGAACAAUGAAAUACUUUGUUGAAUGAGUUUACUCUGUUUACCUUGCGUGUACAAGCGUUUGUACGAUCUAAACUGAGUGUUCAAGUUUGAGUAAAAGAUCAAGGGUGACCGCAGAAGUUGAUGAGCAACACCGGUUGUGCCGGCCGGUUCUGGGCCGUGUUCCCCGUGUCUCUGGAAGACGGGAGCGACGGCUCGGCCUCGGGCUGAAGGACUAAGAGGCGACUUGCCUCGUCGUGUAACAAGCGGGUUUAUUUGCUUCUGAAUAAUAAUAACAUGCGGUUUUCAAAUGUUGUUCGUUGUUCCCUUGUUUUCUUUUAUAUCAACAAUAAAGAGGUGGUUUCUGAA